CUACUCCAGUUUUCUUUAAACCAUCAGCUUAUUCACUGUUAGAAAUAGUCCCAAAUAUUUUGAUCAAAAUAUCUCUACCGAAAUUACGAACAUUUUAUGCGACAUUGUGAACGUAAUGUUAAGAAUAUCUAUCAAAUUUCAUUUUUCCUAACAAUCUGUUAACAAUUUUGAACAAAAAGUUCGUUAUUUCGAGCAAAAUACCAGGCUUUUUUCUAAUUUCUAGGGUGGCAGACUAAAUCAUGUUAAUCAGACUUUUAGUUCUCGCAUUAAGUGUUCUUCAUGUUUGUGGUGCCGGUAUCCUUCCUUUAUACAUGCUGGGAGAAUAUGAGUUUGUCUCUGAUGACAAUUAUGAUAAUUUUCUUUAUGAAAUUGGAGUCGGAGUCUUUCAAAGGAGAACCUUGACUGCUGCUAAACCAUCAGAAAAAAUUAGAGAAUCAGGAGAUUUUGUAGAAAUAGCGAUUAGUACAGAUGUCGGGGGGAGAAUUAUUCAAUCUAAAUUCAAGCUCGGGAGUCCGUAUGUAGAGUUAGGAAAUGAAGGAGAAAAAAUUCCAACUCUUGCAAGAUUAGAGGGGAACAAGCUAAUAAAGUUAAAGAAGCCUGAUGAUCUGAAUAUAGAAGAAGAGAGAGAGUUUCUAGAUGAUGGUAACACAAUGAACCUUCAUCUUAGGUUAUUAGGAAAACCUGACGCAACAGCAGUUCGAGUUUUUAAGAAGAAAGGAUCUGGUAACUUUAACGCCGGAAAUUCUUUCCAAAAUGACAAUAUCCGCGAAAAUGAAGAUUACAAAUAUGGAACAAAUUUCGAGGAUUCUCAGGAUGACUUCCAGAACUCUGAUACAUUUCUCAACAAGGGCGCCAAACAAUCUAUAAACGAUAAUCAUCAAUCCAAUUCUGGCACAUUUUCUCAAAAUGAAGACGAGUAUCAGACCGCUCAAGUACAAAACACCAAUGAGAGAGAACAAUUUAGCAAUAACGAUGAUUAUGAAUAUCAGAACGCAUUUUCCGACGUUGAAUCUGAUUUUUCUCCAGGUCAAACUGAUCAACAAAGAACUGAAGAAAAACAAAGAAAUUCUACAGGUCAAACUGAUCAACAAAGAACCGAAGAAAAACUAAGAAAUUCUACAGGUCAAACUGAUCAACAAAGAACCGAAGAAAAACUGAGAAAUUCUCCAGGUCAAACUGAUCAACAAAGAACCGAAGAAAAACUAAGAAAUUCUACAGGUCAAACUGAUCAACAAAGAACCGAAGAAAAACUAAGAAAUUCUACAGGUCAAACUGAUCAACAAAGAACCGAAGAAAAACUGAGAAAUUCUCCAGGUCAAACUGAUCAACAAAGAACCGAAGAAAAACUAAGAAAUUCUCCAGGUCAAACUAAUCAACAAAGAACUGAAGAAAAACUGAGAAAUUCUACAGGUCAAACUGAUCAACAAAGAAAUGAAGAAAAAUUAAGAAAUUCUACCUCGACUAAUUUUUACUAAAACCAUUUUUUUUCUAUUUUUAAAUAAUAUUUUGUUCCGAAACUUUAAUUUCUACCGGUAUUAAAUACAAUUUAAACAAUAAACUUA